AUGGGAGGCACCGCAACGGUAAGGGGAAGGGAGGCUAGAAUGGUGGGGGUGGCGGCGGUGGAGGCGGUGGUGGUGGAGGCGGUGGAGGUGGCGGAGAUGGCAGUGGGAGUGGUGGCAGGAGCGGGGGAGUCGGUGGCGGGGGUGGCGACAGCAGCGGGGGUGGCAGUGGCGGUGGUCGUGGCGACAGUGGCCGUAGUGGGGGCAGUGGUGGUGGCGGCGGCUGUGGUGGCUGCAGCAGCAGCGGUGGGCAAUCUGGAGCUGGUCCCCCUCCGGUAG